AUGGCCUCCAAGCAGGGGCAAUCACCCGCAACUUUGUUCAUUUGCAAUUCGCCCACAUUCUCGUUGCUGACAUCUGCCUUGAAUCGAUCGUGCACUUCCCCCGCUCAUCUGCUCGUCCGCUCUCCUCCAAACUCCCGCCAAUCGCUUCGCCACCAUGCUGCGCGCAUGGCCGUGUCCGCCUCCUCUGCCCCGCAUCCCCUCCUUACCGAUCCCCGCACCCGGGAUGCCUUCCUCGCCAACGACUGGGGCAAGCGCCCGGUCCUAUUUCGCAACCUCCUUCCCGAUUUUUGCUCCCCUCUUUCCCCGGAUGAACUCGCCGGCUUAGCCUGCGAACCAGGCUCUCAUUCUCGCCUCAUACUCGGCAAUGGCACGGGUCCGUAUGAACUCAAGCUCGGCCCGUUUGAGGAGGACCAGUUCUCAAAGCUUCCUGAAGAAAACUGGACCCUACUCGUGCAGGACGCCAACCGUCUCGUACCCCAGCUCGCCCAACUUCUCGACAGCUUCUCCUUCAUACCUAACUGGCGCGUUGAUGACGUCAUGGUAUCUUACGCCGCCCCUGGUGGCGGUGUCGGACCGCAUGUUGACAACUAUGAUGUCUUUCUUGUUCAGGGCUUGGGACAGCGCCUCUGGCAAACAGCAUACACGCCGAUUUCCGCAGCCGAGGAGCUUCUUGUUGAGCCAUGCGAUGUGCGGGUACUGAAGGAUGGCUUUCCUGCAGACGAGGAGUGGAUUCUCAAUCCGGGAGACGUUUUGUAUGUGCCGCCGCGCUUUCCGCAUCACGGCGUGUCUUUGGAUGACCAAUGUAUGACCUUCAGCGUUGGUUUUCGCGCACCAACGGUUGCCGACUUGAUGCGAGGAUGGGUCGAUGAUGUCGCGGAACAGGAGGGUUUGGAUAAUGUGUUCUUCGGAGAUGUUGCCAGCGAUAUUGUGAAGAACGCUGACGAUCCGGGUCGGAUUACUACUGAUGCGGUCGAGCAUGCCUAUGCGGGUGUGAUGGACAGACUCUUGAGGGGCGAGCAUUUGCGGAAGCGAUUCUCCACUUGGUUCGCCCAGGAAGUGAGUCAGCCAAAACGCUUUCGCGGCCACGAGCCCGAUUUUGAACCACUUUCCGAUGCUAAGGCUGAUGAGUUAAUAGAGACGGUUCUUCGGAAUGGCAACCAGAUUGCACUGCGUCAACAGGAAGGCACUGUGUUUACAUAUUUUGAGAAUGACGAGGGAACCGCAAUGUACAUUGACGGGGAGCAAUGGGCAGUGGAAAGCGUCGAAAUAGCACAAGCAAUCUGCUCGGCGCGACUACUUGAUGCUUGCGCUCUUUCAAAUAUGGCAGAGUCCCAUCCAUCUAUUCGAAACACACUUAAACAGCUUUUUCGCGCGGAUCUCCUCUAUGUCGAAGACGAAAUCUAA